CGCAAUAUCAGAAAAUCUUCAUUGUACCGAGCAUUCAUGUCCUUUAUCUUCGUUAAAAGCUGAUCAGAAGGUCAUUUACAUAUCACAACUUAGUUCACAUUUCAAUAAACGCUAUGAAAAAGAACUUUCUAGUGUUUUUCCUUCAAUUUACAAAGAAUUGAAAUAUUAUAAAGAGAAGAUAUCAACUAAUGCAAAACAAAAGAUCACGCGGCAUCGGGGUUUAGGACGCGAAUCAACUUCAGUUCCCCUUCACAGUGUUGGUUCCGAAUCGACUAUAAAUUAUGUACCGACUUCAGUUCACUUUCAAGGUGAUGGUUUCGACUCGGUUAUAAAUUAUGAACCAACUUCAGCUCUCUUUUAUUGUGUUG